GUUCGUUUUACGGCGUAAUAUUGGUGGGCUCAAGGGUCGCGCCUCCACGUUGUCACUGGAAGACAGCAACACUUGCAUUUGGGUUCCUUUUUUUUGAAGAGUUGAAACAGCAGGUGUGAGUUUUUCCAAGUAGCUCAUUAGUAAGGGGAUGUAAUAUAUCAUGUUAGAGAGUUAAUGGUUGGAGGGUAAGAGAGCGUGGAGUAGAGGAAGGAACAGGUCGUCUUUAACACGCUGUGUCCGGUGCCACGAUAACUUGUCUUAGACGUAGACUAGUCCAGUCUUAAGGUAAAGCCAGCGUCACCUCCUAAGAACACUUGCCGAACUUAUUGGUUGUUGGCGUGUUGUGAGCCACUACUAACUACGGACUAACACCUAACCACUAAUUAUCACCAUGAGAGGCUACGCAGAGAUGUCUACUGCCAUACUUAUUGCUUUAACGUUGCUGUGUCAAGGUGUGGAGUCGUCAGUGCGAGUGACGUCACUACACGUGCCGCGACACGCCGUCCGCUACUCCAACCAGACACUAACCUGCAGCUAUGAGAUGGCCAACAAGAAACUCUACUCCAUUAAGUGGUACCACAACAAUAAAGAGUUCCUCAGGUAUACCCCUAAUGAUGACACAAAGUUGGUAUUGUUCAACACCACCUUGAUCAAAGUUAACAUGGAAGCCUCAACAGGCGAGACAGUGGUGUUGCAAGAGAUUGACUUAAGUGCCUCUGGCAAGUAUAUGUGUGAGGUUCACACAGAAUAUCCUGAAUUCACAUGUGUUGAUAAAGAAGCUACCAUGACAGUUGUUGUGAUACCGGAAGAGCAGCCCAAUAUUGAGGGUGACGUUACUGGCCACUAUGGUGUAGGAGAUACUGUCAAACUUAACUGUACAGCAGCGCCCUCCAUCCCUGAGGCUUCCCUGGUUUGGUUCAUCAAUGACAAGCAGGCCCCAAAAGAAUUUGUACAUGAAUAUGAACUGGAAAAGCUUAGUGAUGGACUUGCUGUAUCAAGGCUUGGUCUGGACUUCAAGUUAUCUCAGUCUGACUUUAUCCAUGGUGAACUUAAACUGAAGUGCACGGCAACCAUAGCAACAUUAUAUCACAGUUCAGAUGAGCACAGCCAGCAAGAUCCUACUGCUCAAGUGAAGGAGGUUCGGGAACGGCCAGAGGAAGGAAGCCUUGUGACAUCUACUGCAGACGAAGGCUCUAGCUCUACAUCAGUGUCAGGUGGCCUCAUUAAGCGACUCCUGGCACUCCAUGCCACACUACUUAUCACUCUGCACCUCCUGCGGUAGAAGGUCUCCUGAUCUGCCCUUGUGUCUGCAUGAUACACUCAACCAUAAAGGGAUACAAGAAAAUUUAGAAGUGACCAAGAUAUUCAUUUGGACGUAAAAGAAAUUCUCAAGUUAAUUUGGGAGAAAUUUAUAAAGAAUACUGUAAACAUAUAUUGUUCUCCAUUAUAAAAUGCUGUCCUAAAGUCUCUGCAUUUACAAAAAUAUUAAAUUGACAUCCAGUGUAAAAAUAUUGAGGGAGGAGAUGCAGCAUCGGUUGUACAGAAUUUAUAAAAGAAAAAGUUUAUACAAGCACUGAUGAGAGAGGUAAACAAUGUGCUACACAUGCUAGUUUUGUGUACUUUACAUCCUCUCAUUAAUCAUUUAACAGGAACUAUAUGCCCCCAAAAUUUGACCUUUCAUGAUGAUAAAACAUUUCAAUUGGAUAUUGAAUAUCUUUACUGUAAAAACUUAUGUAUAUUUAUUAUGAUUUUUCAUAAAUGUACUUCUAGUGAAUACUAUUAGAAAGUCUGAUAAUAAUUUCUAGAUUGUAUCAUCAUGUUGGUUUUAAACCAAAGGCCACAGUGAGUCUUUUCUUUGCCAAAUGAGAGUUUUGCGUGUGUGUAAUUGUGAAUGUCUAACUUGUGAUAAGUUUAAUGUGAUUAAUUUUUAAACACUGCUCUGCACUUGAUUGCUGCAUGUGGACCAAUUCUCAAUAUAAUUUGUCUUGAUACUGUAGAGGUAAGCCAUGGGCUGUAUGCCAUGUGUUGUGCAGAGAUUACUACAGUGCACUAACUAUACUGUACUGUACUUGCUUUUUCAAGUUUUGUAUUUGGUUGAAUAUAAUUGUGGCUAACUUGAGAUUAUAAGAAUAUUUAGCUAAAGAUAUAUGUAUAUUUUGUUUGAAUGCUAAGAAUUCAGGAAAGGCCUACAGUAGUUGAUCUCUUUCUCUUGUAUAAAGGUUAUCAUAGGUGAAACAGCAAUAAUUAUUCUUCAUUUUUUUCGCUCAUUUAAUUAUUUUUAAGUUUAAUAUCAGACUGAAAUCUAUGUUAACUCUUCGUUAUAAAGAUAUGCUUGAAAUAUUUGUGCGAGUGCUUGUGUAAGGUCUGAAAAUGUAUUGAGAGUCUGCGUUGUAUGCUCAUGUGAUAAGUCAACAUAGAGAGGAAGGGAACAUUUUUUUCCAUUACUGUGUUGCAAACAAUAUUUAAUGAACAUGUGUUUUAUUUAGAAAACAAUUACUGUAAAUUGAUGGGAAGCUUGCAGUGCAGGCUAAAAGCUAGGUAACCUUGUUUGACAAAAACCUUGUGAUUGUUUAGUCUUGGUAUUUAUGAAGGUAAUAAGAGUAAGAAAUAAUUCAUUAAAGAAUGGUCAUUCAUUUCAUUUGCAAAAUAAAUAUUUAAAAUAAUAAAUAUCAUUAUUUUUAAAGAAACAUACUCAGUUGAUAAUUAAAAGUGCAGAAUGGUUUAGAAAUGGCAAUUUCUUGUGACAACCGACACAGCUUUACAUACCUGUUGCCGUCUCACACCCUCCAUGGCAAAGUGUUAUUUUUAAGGUAAUUCUUAUAUUCCAGCAGAACUGAAGGGUGUGCACAAAAUUCUGAUGUCUUAGUAAAGUAUCUGAGUGAUGUGUCAAAUUUAAUUUCUUUAAACUUACUUAGUCUUAAAAUUAUGAGAGAGUUCAUAAAAUUAUAUAAUAUAUAUUUAGGGCACUUUUCUGAUAUAUUGUAAUUUGUUGUGUAUUUAGAUUUGUGAUUAUUAAACUGUAUUAAUAUUACUAGAUAUUAUUUGUGUGGAAUACAUCAAAUGUUACUUCACUUCCUUGAAAAAACAAUACUUUAUAUUUUUUGUUAUUUAGUUCUUGUCACUUACGAUUUAUUUAAAAUCAACAUCAAGCUACAUGUGCAUAGACUUUUGGCUGCUGUAGCUGCUGCUUUUGUGCAGCUGUGCUUCCCUGUAAUGCCAAACUAUGGCGUUACCACGUCUGUGUUGUAGGGUUCCAUGUCAUAUGUGUAAAUAUUGAAGUUGAUCCCAUCUAAUACAUCUUUAGUAAUUACUGCUAUUAAAAUUCCUAUUAAUAGUGCCACAGGUUCCUCAUAUUUUUGAACUAGCACUAAUGUUUAAUCUGCACUUCAGUGAACAUAUUUUGCCAGGAAAGAUCAUCUUAGUAAAUAUUCUAACAGGCACAUAAUUUUUGUAGUGUUCUCUGAAUAAGAUGCAUAAUCUGAUAACACAUUUGCUGUAAUUAUUUGAAUAGCCUUAUAUCUCAGAGAACUAAUUGCCAUUAAAAUCUUUAUGAUCAAUACAAAAUAUUUCUUUAGCAUAUAUAAUCUCUAAAUAAUUUAUCAAAGCAAAUACUUAUUUUCUUAUAUUUGAGCCAGACUACAUGGCUAGUCAGGAAAUGCGACACGUGUGACUGGUGCUGUUCACAUUUGAGACUUAAAGCAUUAAUCAUCUAUCCUGUGUGAGAUAGAUGGUCAAAUCCUGCAUAACUGUAUCUAGAAGCAUCAGUGAAUAGUUAGUGGUGUUGAAUGCCAUGUUGUUCUUAUUUGACCAUUGGAGUGUUAUGAAUUUGUGCUAAAACCACACUUAGAACUUCCUCACUUUAAACAUGUAACACAUGUAAUUUUCUUAAAUACUAUUAGUGUAAGUGUAAAUAAAUAUUUAAUAAAUGGUUAGAACCAUGUACUUUACAGUAUUUGCUCUCUGUUACAUCGCUGUGUUAAGUGCUCACUGUCCCCCUAAAAUUAUAAUAUGUGCACUUAAUGAAUCAAAACUCAUUUCUAAUAUGUUUAUCAAUGAAUAUGUCUGUUUUAUUUCUCAUUUUUGCCAAGCUGGUAUAUGUAGAGUUAUGUUACAAAAAUAGUAUAGUUACUGACAUUUUCCUUAUAUUUUUAUGUAUGUAUGUCUAACAGUGAGCUUCAUAUUUCCUGAAGAGUUGUGCCUGCAUUAAGAGAUAAUCAUGGUGGCCACUUAAUUUGCUGAGCAUCAUGGUGUGUCAAAUAUUCUCUCUUAAAUUAUACACCAGGAAGAAAAUCAAAAAGAUAAGGAAAAAUAUUUAUAUAUUUAAGGAAAAAGUAUGGCAAUUAAGAGCAAAAAAAAAAAAAAGACCAUGGAAGAGUGUGAUGAUUUUCUAAACCUAGAACAAACCAAAUGAUCAUUGGUGUAACUGUCAGAGUAAAACAUUCAGUGAAAUUAUUGUACAUGUGGUAUGGUAGAGUAUUGUAAGAGAGUCCUUCAGGCUCUGGCUGUAAUUAGAGUUUACAGUACUAUUAUUGUAGUGUGGUAAAAUAUAUGGUAUAUUUUGUUGAUUUCUCAACCUAAAUAGAACAAACAUAUUUUUGUAUUUGCUAUUCCUCAUUAAAUAUAGUACAGUAACCCUAGAGGCAGAACAAAGCCAAAUAAUAACAUUAAAUAACAUAUACAAAUGUAAUUGUGAAGUCAUUCUUUACAUAGAAGUAAGAAAUAAUAAUUUGAUACAACCAGUUCAUUAAAUUAUAAUAAUUUUUCCUUCUACAUAUAUUGUUUGGUGUAGGAAGCUUGAAACAUGAUUUCACACAACCCAAAGCAAACAAUAAUUACUUUUGGUGACCUGUGAUGAACCAACCCUAUAGUUCCUGAUUGUAAUCAUUCAUCUCCUUAUUUGUUGACAACCUUGCAGUUAAAUUGUGAACAUAACAAAGGAAAAGUAGUGUCAAACAAUUGUAAUUUUUAAUUGAACUCCUGUUGAGUUCAUGCUGUUUUAAGAGCAAGAUUAGAUCCAACACUCCAGUGGUUAAAAUGAGAAAAUGCUUGUAAAUACUGUAGAUUUUUUUGUGUGUGUACACAUAAGCUCCUUGAGAUUAAUUUCUAGCCAAAAGGUUUGAUUCACUCAGUAGCUGAGUAAGUGGUUAUAUUAUAUUUAUUUUAUUGUGAUGAUCCUUAUUUGCAACAGUAUACAUGAUGUAUUUCUUGAUAUUUGCAUGUGCAUAUGCAUGUGUGUGUGUGUGCACUUGUAUUAAAGAAAGAAAGGGAGAGUUUGUGCAUUCACAUAUUAAUAUGUGGGUAGUGAUCUUGAAUCUACUCUGUGAAGACAAUUUCAUAUUUAUUUCUUAGCAUUAAAUUUGUUGGUAUGGUUGCUAUUUUGUUGAAAUGCAUGUAGUUGAAAUGCAUGUAGACUGUGUAGACUGACAUGAAGAAAAUUAUUACCAGUAGUCAGAUAUUUCCAGCUGGUUACCUCGUGUACUUUUCUUUUUUUGCAUUAUUCAGCUUUUAUCCACAAUUAUUAAGGCAUUUUUUAAAUAAUUCCAGACAAUUUAAUUUCAAAUAGUUUCUUCAUGUACAGUAUUCUAGCCACUUAGGUUGUGACCAAAGCUUCCCUAGUGAAUUAAACCUUCAGAAGAUAAACCAAAGAGAUUAAUUUUAAUAUUAUAGACAUAUAAGUUACUAAUUUGUACUGUGUAAUUACUGUAGCCCAAAAACUGUGGGCUCUUUGGGAUGAUGUAUCAGUCAACUAGUCAGUUAAUAAACUCAAAACAUUCA